CGGCUACAGCCAUACACGCUUCAUUAGAAGCGGAGUUACAUGCAGGACUCCUCAGUCCGGUCCUGUCUCACACAGACCCCAUUGUUGCAGUAAGGAAGUCAGAUAUACUUGCCUUUCCGCUCCAUCCUUGAUCACCUAAACAACAACCAUGCGUGAGUGCAUCUCCAUCCACGUGGGCCAAGCCGGUGUGCAGAUUGGCAAUGCAUGCUGGGAGCUCUACUGCCUGGAACAUGGGAUCCAGCCGGACGGCCAGAUGCCCAGUGACAAGACCAUCGGAGGAGGGGAUGAUUCCUUCAACACCUUCUUCAGUGAGACUGGAGCUGGGAAUCGUAUCCACUUCCCUCUAGCUACAUAUGCCCCAGUCAUUUCUGCAGAGAAGGCCUACCAUGAGCAGUUAACUGUAGCCGAGAUCACCAAUGCCUGCUUUGAGCCGGCCAAUCAGAUGGUCAAAUGUGACCCCCGUCAUGGCAAGUACAUGGCCUGCUGUCUGCUGUACCGUGGUGAUGUGGUGCCCAAAGAUGUCAAUGCUGCCAUCGCCACCAUCAAGACCAAGCGCACCAUCCAGUUUGUGGACUGGUGCCCCACUGGUUUCAAGGUGGGCAUUAACUACCAGCCCCCUACUGUGGUUCCUGGUGGAGACCUGGCCAAGGUUCAGAGAGCAGUGUGCAUGCUGAGCAACACCACUGCUAUCGCUGAGGCCUGGGCUCGCCUGGACCACAAGUUUGACCUGAUGUAUGCAAAGCGAGCCUUUGUGCACUGGUAUGUGGGUGAGGGUAUGGAGGAGGGAGAGUUCUCUGAGGCCAGGGAAGACAUGGCAGCUCUAGAGAAGGAUUAUGAAGAGGUGGGCGUCGACUCUGUGGAAGGUGAGGGUGAAGAUGAGGGAGAGGAGUAUUAGGGGCUUAUGUGAAAUAUGAAAAAUAGGCACCUUUGCAGUGGGUUUAGCUCACAAAAUCCCUUAGGUUCUAGUAUUGCGUUUUACUGUGUCCAUUGUAUUAUGUGUAUCUGACUGUACUACAUUAACAGUAUGACUUCCAAAUGAAUUACUCUCCAAAUAAAGCUGUUUAUGUAAUACA